AUGAUUAAUUUAAGGAGGGUUCAUUCAGUCCUUCAGACCAGAUAUCCUCUAGCAAAAGCUCUCAUACCAGCUCGAGGGUGACAGUUCUGAGGAUUUUAUCGGAGACAGCUCACUGUUCGAGUCAAAGGCUUAGGACGAACCGCUGAAAGACAUUUUUCAACAGAUAAGGCCAAACCCGAAGAUGGAGAAAUGAUUAAGAAAAAGCAUGAAAGUGAAAUCAAUAGAAAGCUAAAUCGAUUGAUGAAAGGCGAAAUAUUCCCAAUCCUACUCCUCACUGCUUGAGGAGUUCUUGGCUAUAUUUUCUGGGAUAAUCUCCUCAAUUUGCUUAACUUAAAUAGAGUUUCGGAUCCUGAAAUCAGGUCAAUAGCCAGGAAAGUUGCUACUUUUAAGAAAUACUCUCAUAUCAAAGAAAUCCUUGACUCAGAAAGAAUAGAAAACGAAUUAGUAGAAGAAGUGUACAAAGAAAUUCUUCAAAAACUUAGUAUAAAAGGACUCAAAACUGAAGUGGUUGUCUACAUGGCUGAUGAAAUGGAGAUGACUCUUCUCCCAAACGGAGCCUUGUUCAUCAGCGAUACACUGCUUAAUGCCAUCGAUGAUGUCAGACAAUUGGUUCUCUUGAUUCUAAGGCACUUAGAGUUACUACGAAUGAAAGCACUACAAGUAAAUUUAUCGAAGAAAGUUAAAUAUGGCGACUUCAGAAGGCAAUAUUUGUUCUUCAAAAUGAAAUAUACCGGGUAUGAUGUUCUGUUUAUUGACUACUUAACCAACAUGAGAUACACCUUGAACCAAGUUGCACAGGCCGAUUCAGCUGCAAUUGAAAUCAUGAAAAAUGAUCUCGGAAUCCCACUUCCAAGUUCUGGGGCCAAAUCAUUCAAGAAGCAAUAUAGAGACUUAAUGUACAAAAUAGGGAAGGAUAAAGAAGAACCAGAGAAAGAAAUUGAUCCAAUCUUGCUUCAAAAACUCCAAGAAUUUACUUUAAUCCCUGAAGACAUCACUAAACCUAAAAAUCCAGAACUAAAACCUCUCUUAUCAGCACUUGAGGCCUCUGCACAAAAAUAUAACCAAAUGAUCAUGAAGGAGGAACAAGAGAAGGAGGUUGCUCAGAAGCGAGACUACGAAAUUUAUGACCAGAUGAACUACAAACUUGCAGAAAGGAAAUACCAUCUCUCAGAACUAUUCCCAAUCGGAAAUGACACCAUUUCCAGAGUUGACAAAGCAAUUGAAGCCGACACAGAGGACCCAACUGCUAGAAUAGAUAUGCACAGACUGAAACAGAUCUUUAACGAUUGGAAGUCUAAAGAUAGGAGGUUGAGGAAGUUCAAUUCAUAA